CGUUUUAUGCGAACAACCCUUCCAGCCGCUUGUUGUGUUGCAGUGUUUGUCGGGGCAGCUGUCAGUGAUCGGGAAGCAUCAUGGCAGGGAUGGAGAUCGCGCCGUUGAGACCCUGGGGUGAUUUUUUCCCUGGUGUUGAUCGAUUUUCUAAACCUGAUGUAUCUGAUCUUAGUAAAUGGAAUAACAGAGUCAUCAGCAAUCUACUCUAUUAUCAGACCAAUUACUUUGCUGCGGCCAUCGUGGUGUUUCUCAUUGUCGGGUUUCUGAACCCCCUGGGCAUGUUUCUCGGUGGGGCCAUUUUGGCUCUGGUCUUCAUGGGAUCUGUUUGGGCUGGAGAAAACAAGGCCAUGAUCAAGAACUUCAAGAAGAAGAAUCCCACUCUGUUUGUGGUUGGUGUUAUGGGUGUCAGCUACUUCCUGCUGUCACUUUGUGGAGGAGUGUUGGUGUUCAUCUUUGGUAUCACGUUCCCCAUGCUUUUGAUCCUGAUCCACGCUUCACUUAGACUCCGCAGUAUGAAGAACAAGUUGGAGAACAAGAUUGAAGGUGUUGGCUUAAAGAAGACGCCCAUGGGAGUCAUACUGGAUCUCCUGGAUCAACAAGAAGAGAAAAUCAACAAAAUCCAAGAUUUCUUGGAGAGUAAGAUAAAAGAUUGAGCAUGGGAAGCAUGUCAACAAAUUGUUUAUUUUUACUCUAACUGUAUUUAUCCACAGUGUCCUCUUGUAUUGUUUGUUGUUUUUCAUUUGUUUCUUUGUCUAUUUUAUUGUGUUUUUCAUAACAGACAUUUGUUUGACAAGUAAAUGUCAAUGGAAAUUUCUUUUGAAUAUCAAAGUAUGCCAAUAUUCUAUAAACAUCCAUCUUUAUCACAUCAUAUCACCAUGAAGUAGGUAAUAGUUCCUAUUUAAAAUGCCGUUUUUAUUUCUUGCUAUUAUAAAAAAUUUAACUCUACCAAACUGUAUUUGUUGUCCUAUCAAGACAAAUUAAGCAAACUUGUGUCUCAUUCCCUUGUAUAUGCACCUUUCAUUGACAUUUUGUCUCUUUUGGUUUUCAAAGAGAAUUAAUUUGCAUGAAUGUUUAUGCUGUGUAAAGCUCAAGUAAAUCUAUAUAGACACAAUGAAUAAAAGCACUUUGAAAUAUUUAUAAAUUUGUCAUUUGUAGAUUUGGUUAGAUUUUUUUUUUUCCCUAAUAGCGAAGGCGAUCAUCAUUCUUCAAUUGCAUAUUUAUAAUAGCGAUUACAACUCUGUUUUCAUACACAGUUGAUCUGUUUAUUGCUUAGAUUUAUUGAUAGACAAUGUUGUGCAAACCUGGACAUAAAUAUUUUGCAGAUUUAAAAAAAAAAUAAAUAAAUAAAUAUUCAAAUAUUUUGUUGAAUAUACCCAAAGGAAUUGAGUUAAACACAAAUUUGAUUAGUCCAAAUAACUCCAUUGAACUUUGCAGCUUACUACCAGCAAGCAAUACACAUUAGCAUAUUAUUUAUAUAUAUAUAUAUAUAUAUAUAUAUAUAUAUAUAUAUAUAUAUAUAUAUAUAUAAAAUAUCUUUUUGUUUACUUUAUGGAACAUGGUGCUGCUGUGGGUUUACGCUGAUCCUCAAUCAGCCUUUCGCUGAUGAUCCCUCAAGUCUUUGCAUCAUCUCCAAAGCAAAAUGCAUUUUUAAAUUGAGCAUGGGAAACUACCCAUCCUCAUUAGCUCCACGCUUCUCCACAAUGGUAACCUCCAAAAAACAUCCACCAACACAGAAACUUCUCUAAAUACCAACAUAACAGAACUUUAAACACUAACAAGUCUCCUACUUGUUUCAUUUUGUGUAUAAAUGCAUUAAAAUAACACUUAAUUUAAAAAUGUACUCUCCCAAUCCUGUCCCAUGCAAAGCAUGCUGGGUAAUGCAAAUUCCCUGCCCGGUUUCAGCAAUACUUUGAUGCAACAAAUAUUAUUCACAUUGUUCCAACAAAACUGGAUUAAGUAAACAUAGAUGGAUUGUACACAAUGAAAUUAAGACCAAAUGCUAAAGAAAUGUGUUGUAUUAACUCAUUUAAAUUAAGUAAAUUGAGCAAGCAGUAAAAAUUAUGUUGAGUGAACACUAUCCGUUAGAAGUCUGAAUCCAUUUAAUCAUUUCAUAGCAAUGUAAUCAUUUCACUUUUUAGUGACUGCGUUGAAUUUUACUUGGACUUUACACAAUAUGAUUAUGAUCUCAUUUCAAACAAAAAUGUAUUAAGUUGAUUUUAAGUGUACUGGUUUAGUAUUUUCAAUAGAGCUGCUUUCCAUUUUAUUUUAUUUUUUCAAUGCAUAUUCUCAAACAAAACUGCAAUUGACCUCAUUGAGGAUUGCUAGUUAGAUCACUUGUUUUAUUUGCUGACAUGAUUUCUGCAGGUAAUAGCAAAUAAUGCAAGAUUACACAUGGUUUCUUAGAUAAUAUAGAAAAUGGAUAGAUUAUACAAUGUGUGGAUUGCCAAAGAACUGGUUUCAGUAUUUUUAUUUUGUUUCCUCUGCAAGCAUGCAAUCUCACUGCAAAGCUGUUCAAGAUCUGUAGUCAACUGCUAGUUUUGAAUAAAGGCUUAUUUUUCUCAGAGUAA